AUGUCAAAAUACUGGUGUAAACACUGCGCUGUUUUUGUCGAUGGUAGCAAGUUCGGCAAGCAGCAGCACGAAGUGUCUUCUCGCCACAAAAGAGCGAUCCAGUUCUCCAUAAACAAACUCCACACAGUCAACAAAAUUGAGAAGAAGAGCGAGGUGGAAGCCCAGAGAGAGUUAGAUCGCAUCAACAAGGAACUCGGCAGACCGAAGACACGGAUAGAGAACUCAAAAAAGGAAGCACCUGCAAAGAGAAAGGAAGCGGUGGAGACGGAGGAGGGCCAAGAAAUUGGCGAAUGGGCAGAGGUAACUGUGGUAGAAAAACCGCCCGUGGAAGAAACCGCAAAGAAGGUCUCCAAAACAGUCACCGUGGGCGACAAGGAAACCCAAAGCUGGGACCUCCAAGGGACAAAGAAGAUCCAGCUCGAUGAUUUGAGCGACCUUGAGGAUUUGGAGGUGUCAAAGUUCAAGAAAACGAAAUUCAAGAAAAAAAGUGUUUAAGUUGCAUCACGGGACACUGAUAACCGUUUUUCCAUGGUUUUAUCGGAACACAAGGACCAGGGCUGCCUGCGGGGCAUCUGAUUCCUACCCACAGCAUACAGUGAGUUGUUGUCUAUGCGUGACUUAUCUCUUCGAUAUCCAGGCGCAUGAUACUUGUGCUGAAAGUGUACGGCCAAUUCUAUCGUCUUAUGGAUUUGAUGUUUAUUAAUAAUUAAGACGCUGGUUAAGUGUGACCUAAAUCCAAUAAUUGUCUAUAUAGCUAUGUUUAGUGCAGUUAUUUCAAUAGCACAAGCUUUAAACACCUAC